GAGGACUGUGAAAAACGAGCGGAAAGGUUGCUGUCGCAGGAGUGCCGCGUGUCUCACGGGCCGAUAGGUGUCGGCUCGUGGAGGGCCCAGCGGCGCCCCCACGACGUCGAGGUAUCUACGCCCCUGGCUGGCGUCGCGGCGCACGAGCUGGAGUCGUCGGUGGACGGCGCAGCGUUCAACCCUGUCGCCGCAGCGGCGACCACGUCCGCGAGAUGCUCGCUGGUGAAGGCCGCUUUGAAAACCCCGUCGUCGUCGUCGUCGUCGUCGUCCUCUUUCUCCUCGUCGGCUUCACCGGCUGUCAAUGUCCACGCCAGGCCAAGGUUUUACCUGGGCCCCGUGAUCUCUGAGGCUAGCAAGGAGGAUGCCAUGGAGCCGGAAGUGAAGGAGGAGGACGAACGGAGGUCGUCCACGCCGAGCCCCGAGAUCUAUGCAAGAAGGAAUAAACGCUACAAUGAGGGAGGUGGAAGCAGCGAGGAAGAGAGCAAACCGGACACAUCUCUGCAGGGCCACAGAUUACCAUCUUCUUAUCGGGGAACUUGGCCCAUCAGAAGAGACGUAUGGGCCAAUCAACAAAUGGGCUUUCCCACUCAACAGAGCACAUCAACUACUGUACAUAAUGACGUAGCCAGCGUGAUGAGCUUCUCCUCGAAUUCGGGCGGGGCUCUCGGCUGUUCCACGGAAAUGCAAGGCGAUCGAAGGCUGGGAGCGAAGGUAGACGUGGUGUACAAUCUGUUGGGGAUGCUGGGUAGCACAGAAGGCCGUGAGGACAUGAGCGCGACGCUGCUGUCGAUGAGCAGUUCGAUAGACAACUGCCUGAUAAUGAGGCAGUCGGGAUGCUUGCCGCUGUUGGUGCAGCUGAUCCACGCACCGGGACAGGAUCCGGAAACGAGGGAGAAAGCAUCCCGUGCAUUGCACAAUAUAGUGUACGCGAAGAGCGACGAGAGGGCUGGACGUCGAGAGGCGAGGGUUCUCCGGUUCCUCGAGCAGUUGCGGGACUACUGUCAAGCUCUGAGGACGUCUCUGGAAACGGGGCAAGUGCCCGACGAUUUGGAAAGGCAUCCCGGCCCGACGAUAGCCGCGUUGAUGAAGCUUUCGUUCGACGAGGCUCAUCGUCACGCCAUGUGUCAACUUGGCGGGCUUCACGCGGUCGCCGAGCUGAUCGAGAUGGAUCACAUGGCCCACGGAAGCGAGUGCGACGAUCAGAACUGCAUCACGUUGCGCAGGUAUGCCGGCAUGGCCUUGACGAACCUGACGUUCGGCGAUGGGAACAACAAAGCGUUGCUCUGCUCCUUCCGGGAGUUCAUGAAGGCCCUGGUCUCGCAGUUGAGGAGCCCGAGCGACGAUCUCAGACAGGUGACGGCGUCUGUGCUGAGGAAUCUGUCGUGGCGGGCUGACACUAGCAGCAAGCAGACCUUGAGGGAGGUAGGGGCGGUGACCGGUUUGAUGAAGGCCGCGAUGGAGGGCAGGAAAGAAUCAACGCUCAAGUCGAUACUCUCGGCGCUUUGGAACUUGUCGGCGCACUGCAGCACCAACAAAGUAGACAUUUGCGCCGUAGACGGUGCGCUGGCGUUCCUCGUGGACAUGUUGAGCUACAAGGCGCCGUCUAAAACCUUGGCCAUCGUAGAGAACGCCGGCGGCAUAUUGAGAAACGUGUCCAGCCACAUUGCCGUCAGGGAGGAUUAUCGAGCCAUCGUGAGAGAGAGGGGAUGUUUGCAAGUGUUGCUGCAGCAACUGCGAUCGCCUAGUUUAACCGUUGUGAGCAACGCUUGCGGUGCUCUGUGGAAUCUCUCUGCCCGGUGUCCGCAAGAUCAACGCUUGCUGUGGGACCUGGGUGCCGUUCCAAUGCUUCGCAGUUUAAUUCACUCCAAGCACAAAAUGAUCUCGAUGGGUUCGAGCGCGGCGUUGAAGAAUUUACUGAGCGCCAGGCCAGGCUGUAACAAUCUCGUCCAGCUGGAUUCGACGGCACGCGGCCUCGGCCUUCCGACGCUACCGACUUUGGUCGCCCGCCGGCAGAGAGCCCUCGAGCAAGAAAUCGAUCAAAACUUGGCGGAAACGUGCGACAACAUCGAGCCCAGCACCUCGCCGACCAACAAGGACGACAAGUUCUCGUUCAAGGUGGAGCACAGCUUCUUAGGGAUCAACGCGACGCGUACUUUACGCUCUUAUCAUCAGCUGCACAAUCAUCAGCCUGGCGGGUCGAACGUGAAGUGCAACGGAGUGGCCAGAAGCGAGAGUCGAGACUCGAUGCGCUCCGUCACAAGCACCCACUCCGACACCAUGUUCGAGAGAGUGAAUCGACACGUGUUGAACGGUCUGUCGCCUACCGACGUUCAAAUGAAACAGCAGUCCUCGUCGCUGCACGCCGCCGUUGGUUUCGACAGUGGCAUGUUGCCCGGCGGCGACGUUCACUCGACGAAGACCUCGUCGGAGAAGAAGUACACGUUACGCUACAAGAACGCCAUUCCGGAUCGUUUGAAGUCGUCGGACGGUUUCACAAGCGAUCUUCGAUGCACCAACUCCACCAUAUCCUGGUCCUCGGCGCCGGACCAAGAGUCCGCCUGUUCGCAGAACUUGUUGCACUCUUCGGUGGAGGACAACUUGCCGCAGGGCAUCAUAGAGACCACCUCGGCCUCGUUCGCGGUCGACAACAGCUCUGCCAUUGUGAAGGAAAGUAGCAUUAGCUACGGGAACGUCUACGACAAGGCCAGCGUUCUGCACCAGCACAAUUCGUUGAACACUAUUCAACAGGUGGCCGGCAUCUCGCCGACCAUCGCUCACCGGACAGAGGGGAAUUUGUUCAGCGAUUACGCCGAGACGGAUCUGGAUCAACCGACCGACUACAGCCUUCGCUACGCCGAACGAAGCCUCGAAGACGAGGAGAAACCACAUUCCCAUUACUUCCCCAGCAACGAUCAAGAGCUCAUUCACGAGGAUACGGUGAAAACUUACUGCACGGAAGGCACGCCGCACGGCACGUCUUUAAAUUCGUCCAGAGCUGCAUCGGCGUCCGAUUUGCAAGAGGACAGUCGACAGAGGAGCUUGUUGAAGAGGAUUCAAGAGCAGGAUAUGCAAAAAAAGUACGACACUCACGACCAUAAAUUCGAUAAAAAUUAUCCGAGCAACGGAGUGAAUUCGUACGUGGCCAAUGCAUUGAAAGCUUCCAGUGACUCAGGAUGUAAGGAAUUUGAACUAAAAGGAGAUACCCGUAACAUGCCUUAUAUAUUAAAUAUAAACAACUCUUCCGAAUGUUUAGAUCAAGUCAGUGAUGGCGAUGAGGACGAUGAAGAUCUGCUUACAGCUUGUAUUAACAUUGGAAUGCAAAACAAUAGGCACAGGCAUUCGUUUAUAGGGAAUAAUUUCGAAAAAGUCACGCGAAAUGAAAGCAACCUUGCCAGAUAUCAAACGAGCGUCGCAUUGGAUCAAAUGGAAUGUAAUUCGUCGAUCGAUUCUACUAUGAACAGCCUUGAUACGAAACGAUCGGGAUCCGAAGAAAUGAUAAAUCCCGACAUUUGCACGGAUAACGAUAAUUCAUCGGGCGUGAACAUCGCGUCAGAUUACGAUCAAAGCCCGGAAAACAAAUUUAUGCAAAAGGUAGUAACGAAUCUAUCUCGUUCGCAAUCUAUUUUCAUUGUCUUGCUCACCUUUUUUUGCACUUGUCACUUGUUGCAGCAAGCAUUUAGCAAUGGACGAACGUUUGCUUCAUUUCAGGUGGUGGACGCUAGAGUUCCAAUGCAACAAUCGAAUCGAGAUUUGCCGGGUGUGUUGGACAAAGUGAGAAAUACGGAACACGAUCCGAUAUUAGGCGACGAUAGUCUGUACUUGAGGAACAGCCCGAUACUACACGAAACGGUAGUGUUCAACACGGAGCCUACUCAGCAACAAUACUUGUCGAGUAUCGAUGCCCAAUCGAACGAGGACAUGUCGUCUUUGAUUCACAACGAUCUGAUCGACAACGAUCAAAACAUGGACGACGAUUGCGUGAAAUGGGGAGAUGACAGGACGUCGGAGAACUCGGUGGGAGGCAAGAGUUUGCCGGCCGAGAGUUCGCCGAUGCAACAGUCAUACGCCAAAGACUCGGAGAGCAGCGAAUCGAUCGAUUCCGUGGAACAGUCUGAACACGCGCUUCUGGAACUCUGCAUACAGCCUGGAUUGACGAAGGCCAUGGACGACAUUCAGCUAACUAACGCAUCGGCGAGUCGACGAGUCGACGAUGAGUUCAGAGAGCGACAGAUCGGUAGUUCGAACGACGGCAAAAGAGCGUACAACGACACGUGCGAGGUGGACGGGGUUAUUAGGAAAGAGGAAGCCGAGUCGAAGUACAAGCAGAAGCCGGCAGACUCGACGAAACACGUGGAGAAGGAGGACGUGUACCGGCGUCAAAGAGACCCGGACGCGAUGAUCGCCUCGUUGGAUCGAUUGACCGCGACUCUCGUGCAACAGACGGAAGCGAUUCGCGAACGAGAUUCGAGCACGAUGAAACAGAGCAUACUGAGUGACACGUGGAACGAGGACUCUCCGAACGACGUCUCUUUCCCAAGUAUCAGUAUCAGCGCGCCGAUUAUCGCCUCGUUCAAGAGCGACGUGCCAGAGGAGCCGGGGACGAUCACCAUCUCGGAGUGUUACGAAACAGCGAGCAGCGAAAGCGGCCACAUGACCAACUCGAAGAUCAUUCAAAGGGAGGCGAUCAAACUGGCCGAGGCGGUGGACGCGGAGAUACGCGCGAACAGGCAGAACGAGCUGGACGCGACUAGCAUAACGUCCAUGGAUCUAGAAGCGAUCAAGCCUCCAUCCUCGAUGGGAAGCUUGCUGUCGUUGACAGCCAGCUACGCGGGCUCCGGCGACUGCAGCGAGUCGUUCGUCAAUCGAGACAGGUGCAAUUCCGCGUCGUUGCCUCCGGCUCAGCUGAAGAAUCAGGUGUCAUCGUCGGAGUCUCGAAGUUGCCGCAAGAAAUCCCUGCCUCUGGGCGUCGUGGCUAAGAGGGCUCUGAGCCAAGCUCAGAGCCACGCUGGCAGCUUGGAGAAUUUGUUGAACGAGUGUACCGGCUCGCACUUGGAAAGCGUGAAACCACCGUCGAUGAUGGACGAACUGCCGGACGUCGGCGACAUGGAGAACAGCAUGCUGAGCGUGGCGAGCAUCACGUCAGAAGUGGCCGACUCCAAGUAUCAGGACACGCAGAACUUGAGCGGAAGCGACGCCGUCUUCGACUUGCUGAAACCUGUCGCCAACGUGUUGUCCAUCACGUGCAUGCGUUACGCCGAGGCUAUAAGAGAUAACAACAGCGCGAACAACAGUAUGAGCGAAUGCCUGGAGAACAUCAAUCCGCCCUCGUUGUUCAACGAGGUGUGCGAGAUGGACGAGUCGACGAUGGAACAAGCCACGGAGACGAUAUGCAGUGACACGUUGUGCAUCGACGCUGAACUACACACCGAGGAAGCUCCUCCUCCGCAUGCUGUCCUCGCGACGAUAGACAGGAUCGACGAGGCAGGCGACACCGACGAGGCAGUUACUCCGAUCUCGUCGGAGUACUGCGUCACUAGCUCGGCGGAGUCCACGCCGAGGAAACGAUUGCACAGAAAUCUAACGCCGAAGCAGAAGAGAACCAUGGCGAAGGAAAGAUACAAGACGUACACUAUAGCUGCGGAGCUCGACGAGAAGAAGGGAGAGGAACAACGUAGAGAGAACAACGUCGUGGAGGAGAAGAUCGCGCGAGGCAAGAUCUCGCCUUUCUCCAAGCUAACGCCUAAACAACGUAGACAGGAAGACCGAGCCAGAUUCCAAACACAGGUGUUGGAAAAUCCCUUCCCCGAUAUGAAUCACGAUCGAGGUAAUCGACAGGAUGUUAACGCUGCCUGCGAGCAAGAGGAUGCCGAGAAGCCGGCCGGAACGAUGUCGUCGUCCCCGGUGAAAUCUGCCAUUCCCACGUUGACAAAAUUGUCCGCGUGCAAAACGUUGAUCAAGAAACGCGCCGAGCAGAAGAAGAACAGGGACAGGUAUCGCACGAGAACGUUGAACGACUCGGAACGCAUAUUCGGAGAUUCGGCGGAGGGCAAUUGCGCGGCGGACUCGACAUCGCGCAACAUCGAGUCCGAUGAAAUUCAAACGAUGCUGGAGCAGAAUGCGACCAUCGUGUUGAACACGUUGAACGAAUCGAACAAGGCGAGCGAAACCGGCGAGGACGGGUUGCUCGACUGCGAGACCAUUAGCUUAGUCUCGAACGAGUCAGAGUCAGAACGGAACUUACGAAUGCGGUUCGUCAACGGCGUUUCCAAAAAGCUGAUAGGCUCGUGCGCUCAGCAGACGAACGGUGUGCAAGAAGCAGAGGGAGACGUCCACAAGGAGACGUCCACAGAGAUGGAGGAGGAGAUCAGGUACAACAACGACAACGUGGUGGAAACUGAGAGCGAGGACGAGUCGAAUAACACCGAAGGGGGGCCGCCCAGAGAAACGAAGAGGCCGCGAAUAAUCAAGCCAGGAAUGGUGAGGGAUCCCAGCAACGAUUCCAACGCCACGGACAAGUCAGACCCGGAGAGUCCAAAGGCUAUUCGAGGCAGAAGGAAAGCCCUCUACUCGAACCCGAUUACGCGAAAGCCGACGCCACAGUCGUCGCCGUUGAAACAGGUGAACCCGGUCAGUGGAAUACCUAUAGGUCGUAGCAACACCUCGCCCAUCGUCAGAGCAACCAGAGCUACCACGCUCAGGCAAAGUAACAACAACACCAACAGCCCGAGCGUCGGAACGAAAGAGCCAGCAAAGUCAAACGCGAGCUUCAAGACGACUCUUAGCUCGACGGAUGACAAGAGGACGAAGAUAUCGAAAAGAGCGUCGGUCCCUCAGAAGGGAUCGUCGUUGACCUUCACGAAAACGGUGAAAAGACACAGCACACCUCCGACCUGCACCUCCUCCUCCUCCUCCUCCUCGAAUUACCAGCAAGAGACAAAGACAGACGUGACGGCGAAGCCGUCGUUGGAACGACAAGGCACGUUCACCAAAGACGAGCCAGAAGUGGAGAACGCGCCCACCGUGGUGUCCUCGUCCUCAUCGCCGAUCAAAACGAAAAUCGCAAAGCCGAUCAGAGGCGCGACGUCCAAGGUUCAUCCAACGACCGGCAAGCCGAAGAUCUCGCCGAAGACUCACCAGGCGCACCAAUCAAAAUCAUCGAAGGCCAAUGCUGCUCCUUCAGAGAAGAUUCAGCCUUCGAAGGCGUCGCCGCCGCCGUUGCUCGUCGCUCCGAAGCGACUGCCCACGGGAAAGGUGACCACGGCAACACCGAAAAUAUCAACGGCCAACAACAAUCAGAACGCCGCGCAAGCGGAAAGCGGCAAACUGUUUCGAAAGGUAGGUCCCCUCGGUCAGAGAUCCAACAGCAACUCCAGCAUCGUGUCCAAUUCGUCGACGGGCAUGCAGACGAGAAAGUUGGCGAAAGAAGCGACCAGUAAAAUCGCAAGCCUGUGGAAGAAGGUGGAGGAGAGCAAGAACAGGCAACGUUUCGAGAAACCAGACACCAGGCAGUGGUUACAGCCAGGCAAUUGUGCCAACGACGUGGACGCUCCUCCGUCUGCCGCGACCGAUCUCCGUUUCAGAUUGUUUCGCAGCUCGACGUUCGAAGGCAUGCCCCAGGAGGGGCACGACGAUCCCGAGUCGGCUCUGUACAAAUCGAAGUUGAAGAGGCCGUUGGUAAUAGGCGUGCAACCUAGUAGCAAAGUGAAAUACAGAAACUCGUGCGACUUGAGCGGAAUGAACGCGAACGACGCACCUUGCAAGAUCCCUGUGAAGGCGUCUGGCGAGGCGUCGUCGCAGCACAAGAGAGACGCCGUGGACCUGGCUGAUGACACCUCGGUCGUCCUGCGAAAAUCACAGCACACCGAGCCUUGCGCCACAGACGUGGUGGUGGACCCCACGAAACGAAUAUCACGCCUUGGUUCCUUCAUAAGAGUGGUGGACCCUGCGAACGCAGAGGCGGCUUCCGUUAAUGGGGCCGCUGUGCGCACACCCGCGUCCGCCAUUGUGCCGCCCUUCAAUUACAACCCGAAGCAAGAUAUCCCUUCGCAGAUAGCCAAAGUAACGCCGGACGAAACCGAAAGCAAAUUCAAAGUGACGACCGAUUGUCACAGCGACAUAGUCACAGGUUCUACGAGAGUAACGACCACUGAUAGAAACACGAACGAUGAAGAUUUGGACGCAACUUGGACAAGAUUUUCAGCGCAACAAGAAUGUUACGAUAUGGAAAGAAAGAAAAACAAAAAAGAAAAAAGCAAAAAAACGGUAGUAAUGUUUGUAUCGAUCGUAGCGGUCUAAAUAACGCUAAACUGGCAUUACACGGUGAAGAGAAACAAAAUUUUGUAAACCUUUACUUUUAAGUUUCUAGUCUAUUUGAGAAUCUACAAUUAAAAAUAGCUUCUAUUUUGGUCAUAUAUGUAUUACAUGAAAAAAAAGAAAAAUCAGAUUUGCAUGUAACAAGUGUCUACUGAUUCGACUGUCACCCUUUCUAAAAUACAUGUAGGUACAAUUAAGAGUGUGUACGGAUCAAUUAUGUAUUUAUAGAUGGGAAAGUUUAAGAGGCAUUGGCAUGACAUUUAAUAACUUUACUCUCGUACGUUCUCAUUUUUGUUUUGUUUGUUCGAUUUUACUGAGAAAUUUGCUAUAUACUUGAAUUGUUAAUACUUUAAGUUUUCUUCUAUGUCGCGUCAUCUUUCCUUCUACGUAUGCUGGAUCGAUCUGAACUCUCAUUAGAAGGAAACUGUUUGACACGACAUAAAACAGAUUUUACUGUUCAUUAUUUACAUGUUUAUUACACGCAUCUUGUACCCUGUUCCAGUUCGAGUUAAUUAGAUUUAACCCUUCCAACUUGGAACCAUAUCAGGGUAGCUUUACGUUUCUUUUUUUUUUUAUACAAGAUUUGGUCUGUACACCUUUUCAGGGUUCUUUUAUAAUUUUCAUCUUUUACUUAGAUCUUAAGUAUAAUUCGUCUUUUUGUUAUAUUGUAUUUUAGAUUCGGCAGAAUACCUUAA